AUGCCAUGGGCCGACCCUGGCAACAGUGAGGCUCUUCGUAAAAAAUGGAGCCAAGCGAACGAAUUGUACACUUCAGCGAUAUAUGUACAUUGCGAUGUAAGCUUAGAAGACGACAUCAAAAACUUGAUCAACCAAACCAUCUCCCAUUAUGGCCGAUUAGACAUUCUCUUCAACAAUGCCGGAGUCCUUGGAAAUCAAUCGAAAAACAAGAGCAUCACCAACUUUGAUGCCCGUGAAUUUGAUCACAUUAUGCGUGUCAAUACUAGAGGAGCUGCCUUGGGGAUGAAGCAUGCAGCUAGUCAUGGUGCCUAG